AUGACUACAAUCGAGGGGCUGGACCGUUCCAGCGACGAGGCCCUGGAAGGCAUUUGCAAAUCGAGUGCCAUCAUAUAUGAGAAUAAAUACGAGUUCUGCAGAUACAGUUUAAAAAUCUCUCGAUUCAUCAAUGCUAAUCUGGGGUUUUCUGCUUAUGUGUGGGAAGCAGGGGUUACCCUUUGUCGGUACUUUGAGAAGGAGAAGAUCAGUUUUACUGGGAAGAAAGUGAUUGAGCUGGGAUCAGGGACGGGAAUCGUCGGGAUUUUGGCAACCUUACUAGGUGGAGAUGUUACCAUGACAGAUAAACCGAACAUCCUGAAUCAAAUAGAAAACAACGUCUCAAUCAACAUCCCCACUGCUUGCCGACAUCGUAUAAAAGUCCGUGCCCUGACAUGGGGCAAAAACCACACUGAUUUUCCGACCGUCUAUGACUUCAUAUUAGGUUCGGAUAUUGUAUAUAGCUCAGUUGCCUACCCGGCAUUAAUAGAAACAUUGCGCUAUCUCGCCAGACAAGGGGCUACAAUUUACCUAUCGUCCGAAUUACGAAAGAGUAAUGGUUCUCCCUCUUUCCACGAGGCACUCUUACCUCAGUACUUUAACUGCCAGGUAGUUGACAGAUUAGAGGGCAAAGAUGUCAUUGUGUACAAAAUGAGCAAAAUUUGUACAACUCCUGAUGAUCUUCUUCCAAGCAAAUAA